GGAAUUUUCAGUUAAAAUUCGACUCGAUAUUUGAUUUGGCAACGUCGCAAAUGCCUAGGUCACGUGACAUCCCCAGUUGCUUUUAAUAACAGGAUUUGCCCUUCAAAUGACAUUUUUCAGUGGCCGUGGGUCGUGAAGUGUUAUAGAAAAAAUUAAUAGCUUAAAAGGUACUACUCUCCCAUAACAAACAGUAACCAUGCCAAAAAUUGGAAUCAACGGAUUCGGUCGUAUCGGCCGUUUGGUGCUGCGCGCCUCAGUCGAACGUGGCGGUGACGCAGUAGUGGUCGCCGUGAAUGACCCUUUCCUCACCCCUGACUACAUGGUGUACCUGUUCAAGUACGACUCCACCCACGGCAAGUUCAAGGGAUGCGUCUCUUGUGAGGGAAACAACUUGAUCGUCAACGGUAACAAGAUCGCCGUUUUCAACGAGAAGGACCCGAAGUCUAUCCCAUGGGGCCAGCAUGGCGCAGACUACGUAGUCGAAUCCACUGGCGUGUUCACCACUAUCGAAAAGGCCUCCCAACAUUUGGCUGGUGGUGCCAAAAAGGUCAUCAUUUCUGCCCCAUCCGCUGACGCCCCAAUGUACAUCUUUAUUGACGCAUGUUGCCAUAACAAUGCUGAUUUUUGUUUUCAGGUAAUCUCGAACGCCUCCUGCACGACAAACUGUCUGGCUCCCUUGGCCAAAGUGAUCCAUGACAACUUCGAGAUCGUCGAAGGUUUGAUGACCACCGUCCAUGCUACCACUGCUACCCAGAAGACCGUGGAUGGACCAUCGGGCAAAUUGUGGCGUGACGGUCGUGGUGCUGCACAAAACAUCAUUCCUGCUUCCACUGGAGCCGCCAAGGCCGUCGGCAAGGUCAUUCCAUCUUUGAACGGCAAAGUGACAGGUAUGGCGUUCCGUGUACCAGUAGCCAACGUUUCCGUUGUGGACUUUACGGUCCGUCUGGCCAAACCAGCCAAAUAUGAGGACAUCAAAAAGAAGAUCAAGGAAGCUUCCGAGGGCCCCAUGAAAGGCAUCUUGGGAUACACAGAGGAGAUGGUUGUCUCUUCCGAUUUCAUCGGUGACACCCACUCUUCGAUCUUCGACGCAAACGCCGGAAUUCCUCUGACUGACAACUUUGUGAAACUCAUCUCGUGGUACGACAACGAGUUCGGAUACUCGAACAGGGUUGUCGAUUUGAUCAAGUACAUCGCCACCAAGGAGUAAAAUAGUAUUAUUGGUGUGUUGAGUUGAGGCGGGCAGACAGAUUAUUUUUGCCAAAAAUUCGUCAAUCUUUUUUUCAUGACCAACAAUUUUCGAAAUAGUUUUAUCUGUCGGAACUGACAAUAUUAACACACACAAAAAAUGGGAGAAUGUUUUUUGAAAAGUCUGUUUUUCGACAUGUGUAUAAUUUGGAUAAUAAGUUUAGCUUCUGAUCGAGCAUACUUUUUGUGUAUUUUUAUUUAUAUAUAAUCUAAAACAAUAUAUUGUUAUUAAAUGUCUGAAUUAGGGUUGA